GCCGCUUUGUGACGAUGAACUCUCAACAGUCUCAUGUUGUUCUGUCUGACUUAUCUGCCGGAUCUUCUUACAUUAUCACUGUAACUGCUACACUUGGCCGUGCCCACAGCAACGGUCUCACAUCCGUCAUCACCACAGUGCCUGCCCCUCCAAUGCAUCUUCAGGUUGUCAAUGUGACAGACACCAGAGCUUUACUGCAAUGGACACCCAGUCUGGGGAAAGUAGACCGAUUCAUCAUCAGCUAUGAGUCCUCCAAGACUCCUAAUGUGACAGUGACAGUGAUGCUGUCAGGAAACUCAGUGGAGCACCAGCUCAGAGGCCUGCAGAGAGGGACCCUGUACAUGGUCAAGGUGUUGAGCCAGAAGGACAGUCUCCAGAGCAUGGCCAUCGCAACUACAUUUACAACUGCAAAUGUGAUCAAAGCCAGCGAGGUGGGCCCUCGCUCUGCAGUGAUAGCUUGGAGAUCCACUGUCAUUUAUCACAGCUACAGAGUGAUCUAUCACGUGGCAGGAGAAGACACAAAGGAGGUGAUCCUGGAACCCACUCUCACAGAAUACAGACUCACAGGGCUGCUGCCCAUGUCACGCUACAGUGUUGUGGUACAAGGCGAGAGAGAUGGACAAUACACAUCUGUUGUCACCACAGAAUUUACCACAGGAAAAUUGCGUUUCCCUUACCCCACUGAGUGCUCUCAGGAGCUGCUGAAUGGAGCUCUGCAGUCAGGAGAGGUGGACAUCUACCCACAAGGAAAAGAGGGUCGAGCCGUGAGAGUCUACUGUGACAUGGAGACAGACGGAGGCGGCUGGACAGUGUUCCAGAGGAGGAUGAAUGGAAAAACUGAUUUCUACAGAACCUGGAGUGAAUACAGGGCUGGAUUUGGAAACCUGAGUGAAGAAUUCUGGCUUGGAAAUGAGCUCCUGCACAACCUGACCAGUCUCGGCCCUGUGAGUUUGAGAGUGGAUAUGCAAUCUGGAAACGAUACCAGUUAUGCUCACUAUCCACACUUCUCCGUCGAUUCAGAGGAGAGGCAGUAUACUCUCACAGUGUCUGGCUACACAGGAACAGCAGGUGACUCUAUGAAAUACCACAACGGGCGCCCAUUCUCAACCCGAGACAAGCACCCUGAUCCUCUGGGGAUUCACUGCGCCAGGGCCUACAUGGGAGGCUGGUGGUACAAGAACUGCUACAAGGCAAACCUCAACGGGCUUUAUGGCACCAACAGCAAUAAUCAGGGAAUCGUCUGGAUAGACUGGAAAGGCAAAGACUCCUCCAUUCCCUUCACUGAGAUGAAGUUCAGACCCUCAAGGUUCUCCCCUGCAACUCACGGCUAAAGAUCAGUGUGUGUGAGCUCUUCAACCAGAAAACCUUCCAUCUGACAGAGAAUCUGAGAAAUCCAGACGAGAGUGGAUCUCAACGGUCUCUUUCCAGUUGAAAUUGCAUAUAAUGAUUUUGAUAGCUAUAAUGGCAGCUAUCAGUGCAUUUGAUUCAAUGUGCAAGGUUUUUUUUCUGACCUGUUUUUACAGGAAAUAUAACAGCAACGUGGAGAAAUGUUCUAUUGUAACUUUUGUAUACAGUUCUGCCUGUUUCCAUUCAUUUCAACACAGUUUGGUUUUGAUUCUAACACCCUCUUGUGUACCAACAUGGUAUGCCAUCCCACUACUACUGUAAUUAAAUAUGCACUGCCUCACUCUAUUGGAAUAAAUGUGGCUAAUGUGGGUC